AUGUCUAACAAUAUCUUGAAAUGGGCUUCCAAAGAUGGUGAAUUCCGUCGUCAAACUUCUACUUUUAGAGACUUUGUAUCUACUGAUCCCAAAGCUACUUUUGCUGCCGAACCUAACCGAUAUCAUCUUUAUGUUUCUUGGGCUUGUCCUUGGGCUCAUCGAACUAUCAUUGUACGUGCUUUGAAAGGUUUGGAUAGUGUCAUAGGUUUAUCUGUAGUUGACUAUCUUUUAGGUGACAAAGGAUGGAAAUUCUCUUCUGAAAAAGAAUGUCCUGGAGCUAUUCCUGAUACGGUGAAUAACAAACAAUACAUUCGUGAAUUGUAUUUCCAAGCUAAUCCUAAUUAUGAAGGUCGAUUUACAGUGCCUGUUCUUUGGGACAAGAAAUUAAAUACCAUAGUGAACAAUGAAAGUUCUGAAAUCAUUCGAAUGUUCAACACAGCAUUUAAUGAUUUUAUUCCUGAAGAUAAGAGGGCUAUUAACUUUUAUCCUGAGGCUUUACAAAAAGAAAUUGAUGAUUGGAACACUCCUAUCUAUGAUAAUGUGAACAAUGGUGUCUACAAAUCUGGUUUUGCUUCAACUCAACAAGCAUAUGAAAACAAUGUAUUUAACGUUUUCGUCUGGUUGGAUAAAAUUGAAGAACAUCUCAAAAAUGCGGAUUACUUGGCAGGCAAUACAUUCACUGAAGCAGAUAUUCGUUUAUGGACCACUGUUAUCAGGUAA